CGCCCGACGGCGGUGCUUCCGGGCGCCUCCGUAGGGGGGACCCCCCGGAGUCUCAGGAGCGCCGGCCGCCCCAGCCUCUCCUUCCUGUUCGUGGCGCCUCCGUUCUGCCCGCCCCUUCCCACCCUCUCUGCGCGCUCCGGGAAGCGGAGGGGAACCCGGCCCGACCGCCGGUGCCGGGGUCCGCCCUCCGCGUCCGGAGUCCGCGGAGCCGGGCCGGCCGGCCUCCCAACACUUCCUCCCAGAAAAUGUGUUGUUACAGAUCUUAUAACAGUCGGUUUAAAGCGGGGAUCUGAUGAGCUUCUUUCUUCUGGUGUCAUUAACGGACCUUCUACCAUGAACAGUUCUACUUCUACAGGCGUUUAUGCUAAUGGGAAUGACAACAAGAAAUUUAAAGGAGAUAGAACUCCCUGUUCACCUUCCCGUGUUCUCCAUCUUCGAAAAAUUCCAUGUGAUGUCACCGAAGCAGAGGUCAUAUCAUUAGGUCUACCAUUUGGCAAAGUAACUAAUCUUUUGAUGUUGAAAGGAAAAAGCCAGGCUUUCUUAGAAAUGGCUUCUGAGGAAGCUGCUGUUACUAUGGUAAACUAUUACACUCCGGUUACUCCUCAUCUUCGAAGCCAGCCUGUUUAUAUUCAGUAUUCUAAUCACAGAGAACUUAAGACUGACAAUCUACCUAAUCAAGCUAGAACCCAAGCGGCAUUGCAGGCUGUCAGUGCUAUCCAGUCAGGAAACCUGGCCCUUCCUGGAGCUGCUUCCAGUGAAGGCACAGUCCUCUCUGGGCAGAGCCCCGUGCUCCGAAUAAUUAUUGAAAACCUCUUUUAUCCUGUUACUCUAGAAGUUCUUCAUCAGAUAUUUUCUAAAUUUGGCACUGUUUUGAAGAUUAUCACCUUUACAAAGAAUAAUCAGUUUCAAGCCUUGCUUCAGUAUGCUGACCCAGUGAAUGCACAUUAUGCCAAAAUGGCGCUGGAUGGACAGAAUAUCUAUAAUGCAUGCUGUACUCUGCGGAUCGACUUCUCCAAGCUCACCAGCCUUAAUGUGAAAUAUAAUAAUGAUAAAAGCAGAGACUUCACUCGCUUAGACCUUCCUACUGGUGAUGGCCAGCCAUCUCUCGAACCUCCUAUGGCUGCUUUUGGUGCACCAGGUAUAAUUUCUUCACCAUAUGCAGGGGCUGCUGGAUUUGCCCCAACAAUUGGAUUUCCUCAAGCUGCAGGUCUGUCAGUCCCAACUGUUCCUGGAGCCCUUGGUCCUCUCACACUUACAUCCUCUGCAGUCACUGGGAGGAUGGCCAUUCCUGGGGCAAGUGGUAUGCCAGGAAAUUCUGUUUUGCUGGUCACCAACCUCAAUCCUGAUCUUAUCACUCCUCAUGGACUUUUUAUCCUAUUUGGAGUAUAUGGUGAUGUACAUCGAGUGAAAAUUAUGUUUAAUAAGAAAGAAAAUGCCUUGGUUCAGAUGGCAGAUGCAAAUCAAGCCCAACUAGCAAUGAACCAUCUAAGUGGUCAGAGACUUUAUGGAAAAGUCCUUCGUGCUACACUCUCCAAACACCAAGCAGUUCAGCUUCCUCGGGAAGGUCAAGAAGACCAAGGUCUGACCAAGGAUUUCAGCAAUAGUCCUUUGCAUCGCUUUAAAAAGCCUGGUUCAAAAAACUUCCAGAAUAUCUUUCCACCAUCAGCUACUCUGCAUCUGUCCAACAUUCCCCCUUCUGUUACAAUGGAUGAUUUGAAGAACCUUUUCACAGAAGCUGGAUGUUUGGUGAAGGCUUUCAAAUUCUUCCAGAAAGAUCGCAAAAUGGCACUCAUUCAGUUGGGAUCUGUGGAAGAAGCAAUCCAGGCCCUCAUUGAGCUUCAUAAUCAUGAUCUUGGAGAGAAUCACCACCUCCGAGUUUCCUUCUCAAAAUCUACAAUCUGACAUCUCUGAAUCUUUCUCCUCAAACUGGACCAUAAAUUCAAUAGAAACUUCAGACAUAGACUGAAAGCAGCUCAAGACCAAUCCUGCCUCUUUAACAAAAAUAACUCCUUCGGAGUUUGAUGUCAAGUACAUUCAAACGAGAGAUGUUCUUUUUUCCCAUUUUCCCCUCUGCUCCAGUAAUUGAUCAGAGGUUUGCUUUUCCUUUGUACCGUGAUUUUUAUAAAAAUAACCUUCAGGAAGGAAAAAAAAAUCAGGAAAAAUACUUCUUCAGUAAUUUCUUGUGAUAAAUUAUAUUUCAUGAGAGCAGACUUUUAGUUUGGGUCCAGAUCAGCCUUAUACAACAUUUAUAAACUCGUUUGUACUUUAAGAAAUUUAGACAUUGUAGACUUUUAAAAUUACUUGAUGUAAGUAGUUUAAAUCACUUACAGCCAAGUUUUUAACUCUAUGGUUUAGAACUUUGACCCCUCCCUAUAGGAGAUUACGUUCACUUGCAAAUUAUAUUACAUAUUUACCAUCUAUUGAUAGUUAAUAUACAUAAACACAUUGAGUUGUAUUGGAAGCAGAUUUAUAAACGUGCAUGUUUUCUUCACCUGUUUCUUUUGCUCAUUGUAUGACAGUCCUUUGAAUAAUGCAUAUCUUACCUUUUCUUUAAAAUGUGUGCCAGACCUGGGCUUAAACUCCGAGCUCAGGCCCUGGGCACUCUCCCUGAGCUUUUUCACUCAAGGCUAACACCCUACCACUUGAGCCACAUCUCCACUUCUGGCUUUCUGGUGGUUAAUUGGAAGUAAGUGUCUCACAGACUUUCCUUCUGGGGCUGGCUUCAGAUCUUAGCCUCCUGAGCAUUUAGGAUUACAGGCGUGAGCCACUGGUACCCGGCUACAUACAUACCUUACCUUUUUAAGACUUUGGAAAAAUAAAGUAUCUCACUGUCCCCUGGGAAAUUUAAGUGGAAUCCAACCAGAAUCUAUUAAAAUGUCAUAAUAAUUAGUAAUUUUAUUAGAAAAAUCAUGUUUUAAAUUUCAAAAUGGCACUUGUCAAGUCAUAGAAUAUAAUCUUGGAAAAUAAUCCUACUUAUAAACUACUUUUUUAUAGUUUUCAGAAAAACGUUUACAGUCUUAAGGAAAAUAUUCAGGUCUAUCAUAUGGUUUGACAGAUUUUUUAAAAGUUAUUUUUGGUAAGGCCUUCUUUUAGAAAAAAAAUUAAUCUCAAGGGUUUUUUGUACCACUAUAAUCUCUUAAUACUUUAUCAAAAUUACUGUGUAUUUACUUAAUUUCUUAUGUGCCUUAUUAUGUGCUUAAGAUACAAUAGGUUAGAGUUUUAUCUAAAUAUCUUGAAAGAUAUACCGUGGGCUUGGUAAGUGUAUUUUCUUUCCCUAUUUUGAUAAGAAUUUCUAAGUUUUGUCAUUGCAGUUUUAAAUGGUUUUCCAUAAGUAAUUGUUUCUAUUCCAAUUUUUGGUGCUUUGGUACAGAGAUGGGGUAUAGGAGGGUGAAUGGUUUUGGAAUAACUCAGUACAUACUUGGAGACCUUGGUUCGUUGUGACUGGUAGCAGUUGUUGUUACCACACACAGACUUGGGGCUAUAGAACUGCAAUCUCAGCUUCUGGAUCUCGUCUAAUCUUUAUUGUCCAUAGGAUUUGCCUCAGGAUUACUGAAUCUCAGUACUCAAGCUAGAUCUUGCUUUGCUUUGUUAAUGUCAUUUUGUUACUGAGUGCCCACAUAUUUAGUAUCUGAGAAGGUGUUUUGGUUUUUUUGUACUCUUUCUCAUUGAAUGUUAAGAGUACAUUUUACUGUUUUGCUUCAGUGAUUGUAUAAUAUAAAAUGGUUUCUUUUUCACAAGAAACUACUCCUUCAAUGCUUGAUCAGAUUUAAAGUAUAGUUUGUCAAAGGGAUCAGUUUUGUUUCACCCCUUUCACACUUCAUAUUCAAAGAGUAGCUUAUCUCAACUUUUGAAAGGAAGAAUCUCAAUCUUUUUUACUCAGUUCCAGCCAUUAAUCUGAAUAUAAGGAGGGUUGGGUGGGGGGGGAGGUUGUGGUUUGUUUUGCUUUAAAAAAAAAAUAAUAAAGGCUUCUAGAAAAACAGGUAGACAGAUAGUUAUAGGUUGUUUAAAAAAAUUAGAAUUUACCCAAGACUGAGCAAGAGCUAGAUUAGGAAGGAAGAUAACUUGAGUUGAAAUCUUUCAAAUGGAUCAAUUUAACAUUGGCUGAAUAGACGGGUAUAAUAAUUUAUCUAUUUAGGUCUUUUCCCUCCACGUAUAUGUAUAAUUUAUUUUUAACUGAACACUGAGUAGGAGAGUAGUAAAAAAAAAUUUUUUAAUCUCCCCAAAUUUACUCCCACACACACAUGUGGGCACUAUUUUGAUUUUCUAGUGUCAUGUUAAAUUGAAUUGCUUCAUUUGAUUUGAGUUGGCAAUUACUAUGUAAUUUAUUAAUUCAUGAUUCUCAUAACAUCCAGCAUAAGUGUAGCAAAAGUUGCUGAUGGUAGAAGAGGAUAAUAAUGGUGUUGAAUGUAAUUUUGAAUUAGGGAAUGGCCUUUAAAUCUGGGAGAGAACAUUGGAAUCCUUUUCAGGGAUUGAUGUAGAUAAUGUGUGUGUGCACGUGUGUAUAUAAAUAAGUGUAUAUACAUACACACUCUUCUAAUGUAUAUACAUAUGCACAUUACAUACAUGUUAAUUUAUUGACAGAAAAUUAACCAAAUUAAGAUAGAAAAGUGGGUUUUUUAAGAGCAUGUUUGAAGCCAUCAGAUUGUGUCUAAAAUUAGCUGUAGAAUAUGGAUGUGGUCCAUAUUGAGCUCUUCGCUGUUUGAAUUAUAAAAGUCUACAGUAUUUGUGUUGAUGUAGUUUUGUAAAAAAGAUUCUUAAAAUAUCAGGGUGGUGGAAAAAAUUAAAUCUGUGUAGUUUUGUUUGGGCAUGCAUUUAUUCUAAGCAAUGGUCUAUUUUUGCUCUUGAUCUGUGGUAGUAACCUGUUUUUAAGUUUAUUUACUUUAAGAUACAUUGUCAUAUUACUUUUCAAGGUUAUCUUGACUUUUACAGAGAGUAUAUAUAUUCAGGACUUACAAAAAAUAGCAGUAUACAUUUAACAAAUAGCAAUUUAUGCCAAAAUGCUUUGCUUUGAGAUUUGAAUAACCUACAUAGCAGUAAAAUGUGUUUUAUGUAAGAUACAUACACAAAAACUGCAUUAUCUUAAUCAGUAACUUACUGGAGAGUUUCAUAAUUGCUCAGUAGCUAUUCAGUUAUUUGUAGUAAUGUUUGCACUCAGAUAAUUAGAGCCAUCGUUUCUACUUGCUUAAUUUCUUAUGGAGUAAAGCCUUCUGAGGCUUCUUCACUUGAUGUGAGAGUCAUCACUCUGCUUCAGUUUAAGAAUUAGCUCUCAUGAGUUAGACACAGUAAUAUGCUCCUGUAUGUGAUUCAGCACUGGAGAGGCUGAGGCUAUAAGAUUAAGUUUAAGCCUAGCCUGGGCUACACAGCAAGUAGCCAACCUCACUACAGACUUGCAUGACUUGUUUCAAAAAGGAAGAAAAUUGGCUACUAUGACUGACUCUAAUCAAUCUCAUAGAAAGUUUUCAAAGUCUCCAUGUCAUCAGACAGUGUUUAUAUUUGAGUUUAUAUAUUUCCUACCAUGCCUUUUCUCUUUUGUUCCCAUUAAAUAUUUUGGGGGGAAAAUGACACAAAGUACAUAUCAUUUUUGCUCACCUAAGUUUGCCAAACUAUUAGCCUAUCUCUUAGAAAAUCUAAUGUGUACUGCUAUUUUUAAAACCAAAAAGAGCAUGACUGUGUAAGAUGUCUUUCUUUUGCCUUUCCUUUGUCUUUGAUCAGUUGUAAAUGAGAAUAAAACUGCCAGACUUCAGAUAUUCUAUUGUGCUAAAACAAUUUUAGACUGUACACAAUUUUAAGGUGUAACAGCUGUUUUAAGAGUUGUUUUGUUACCUAUAAGACUACUUGCAGUCUUUUUUCAGAGCAAAUCUUUACAGCUACUUGUACAUGGCUU